GCCUAAUUAUUGCUUCAUUCUAGGCCUCGGGGCGGUUCUUUGAUCCUACCUAAGUAAAGUUCUGAACAGCUCCCCUCCUACCCACCCCGCGUUUAGAAGAACCCUUUUUUUUUUCUCUCGACAGGGACACAAACCAUACCAGCGCACCAGAUACGAAAUCUCUUUUCCGAGUACUAUACCUCUUCCUCUCCGACCGCGGGUCGACCGGUCUGCCAUAGUCAUCCGAUACCGCCCGCACAUUUAGACAAGCAGGAAGCCUUCCUGUGCGAUUACGCUUUCACAUAUUCCGAGCGUUCGGUACCUCCAUACACUGUCCAGUGACCAGGAGCUCUUUCCACACGACUCGAACCCUUGCCGACAACAUGGCUGCCGAAAUUGAAAAUGCGAAAAGAGCUGCAGCAAUAGAGGCAGUACGAAACCACUUCCCCGAGAACCCACGUUUCGUCGGUAUCGGCUCCGGUACAACAAUCGUCUACGUGGUGGAAGCAAUCAAGAACAGUGGUGCGGACGUGUCAAGGGCGGGCUUUGUACCAACAGGAUACCAAUCGAAACAACUCAUCAUAAAUGCUGGUCUUGUGCCGAUCGAAUUCGACGCUCUCCCCGAUGAUGUUAUGAUCGAUGUGGCCUUUGACGGCGCAGACGAGGUGGAUGAUGAACUUAACUGCAUAAAAGGAGGCGGCGCAUGUUUAUACCAGGAAAAGCUCGUCGCCAUGCGCGCAAGGCAAUUCGUUUGUGUAGCUGACUACAGAAAAUCGCAGUCUCGCCUCGUGACGAAAUGGCCCACUGUCCCGAUAGAAGUGGAACCGAAAGCUGCCAGACAAGUCAUUCAACGGCUGCGCGUGCUGGGAAGUCGAAGCCCGUCCGGCGCACGACCAUUGAUUAGAGAGGGCCACAUGGUCAAAGCCGGACCGAUAAAGACCGACCAGGAUUUCUUCAUCAUCGACGCGCCGUUCCCCCAUCCUCUCCUGAUAGGGUCCGAUCUGACCUCGGGGCGACAGGGUGAUGGUGAGCAUGGAUACUGGGAAGUAGAACAGCUUGCCCGGGCCAUAAAGGAUAUCAAUGGCGUUCUUGCCGUUGGCCUCUUUUGCGGUCCUACAGGCCCUGAAGCUCAAGCAGCUGGGGUUAUUGGAGGUCAAAGACCGGUCGCAUGCUACUUUGGCAUGGCUGACGGCAGUGUCUCUGUUCGGAGGGCCGUGGAGAAACGGCCUUCCGUCGUGUCGCAGUAUCCGCCCUUGGUACCCGUUCACUCAGCGGAGACAUGAGACUUAUAGACCUAAUUCAAUGACUGUUGGGCUGUCGGCA